CCAUGAACAUCUCUUAGCCCCGCACUUGCAGGAGGUUGGAGAAGUUGUUCUUGGAGACAUCGGCUCAUCACCUGUGCUGUGUUACUUUAUCUCUGAGUCCUGCUGCACUCGUCAUCUGCUCACCUGUGACACUCACUCAGAUGAGCACUGAGAGAUCAUUUGACUGAUUAUACAGCAGAUCCAGUGGUGGUCUAGACUUUUGCAGAUCUAAGUGUUUCCCUGUCAGCAUGGAGGAUUCGUCAGACCAGACUCACUGGGUGUCUCCAGCACUGCUCAGCUCAGAUGCUCUGGCUGGUUUCUCCUCUGAGCCCGGGCUGCUGCCUUCUGUGGAGGAGGGUGAGGUCUUCUUCUCCAGUCAGGACACAGACUACACUGGCCUCCCCUCUUUCUUCUCCAACCCAAGCCAGAGUCGAGCAUCGUCAACCUACAGACACAGCUCGGUUCGACCGGUGUUCACGUCGCCGAGCCUCCUCAGUAACCUCCAGCUGCUGGACAGUCCUGUCAGCCAUUCCCUGAGCUCACCCUACGCCUCAGCCUCAACAUGGAGCAGCAGUCCUCUCACCAAGACCCCAUUGCACUCACACAUCCCGGCUUCCCUCUACACUCCCAUCUCGUCGUCCUUCACCACCUCCAGAGAUGGAUCCUCUUCUCCCGGCAGAGAGAACAGAGAAAGCCCCGUGCUCCAAGACGCCCUCAAGGUGGAACGUCUGAGCCCUCUGGGGGGGUCGAGCAUGAGCAACAGCUUUCUGAAUCUGACUCCAGCUGCUGGGAGUAUGUACACGCCAUCAUCCCACUCCCACACGCACAUGUUGGGUCCCUACAGCUCGUACGUGACAGGUCCACAGGAGUACAGCUCCGCUGCUCUGUACUCCAGCCCCGGGACCUGGAUCAACCCUGCAUUCUCUCCCAAACUCCGCAACAAGAUGAGGAUAUCCACUCCAGAGGCCAGAGAGUGUGUGAACUGCGGAGCCACAGCUACCCCUCUGUGGCGUCGUGAUGGUACAGGCCAUUACCUGUGCAAUGCCUGUGGAUUGUACCAUAAAAUGAACGGCCAAAAUAGACCUCUAAUCCAGCCCAAGAAAAGACUGAUUGUUAGCAAGAGAGCAGGUACGAUGUGUGCCAACUGUAACACGAGCACGACAACUCUCUGGAGACGCAACACCAACGGAGAGCCUGUGUGUAACGCCUGUGGACUUUACUUUAAACUGCACAACGUCAAUCGACCCCUCACCAUGAAGAAGGACGGCAUUCAAACGCGCAACAGGAAAGUCUCUAACAAGAACAAGAAGAGCAAGAAGGUGGCCAUGUUAGAGCAGUACUCUGAGGUGGCUCAGCCAUCUUCUCUAGAUGACAACGGUGGGCCCUUCUCCUUCGGCCCCGGGACUCUCCUGACUUACAGCCACUCACCACACCUCCACCCUGCUCCCUCCCCUCUGCAAAUGCCUGCCUCCUUACCCUACACACAUCAUCUCAACCCCGGCAUGGUGCCCACACUCGUGUGAGACGCUCGGGGACAGUCCACUUGUUCUGUGUGGAUUUGUAUAUAGAGUAUGUUUCCAGGCGUGAUGAAUGGAGUUUUCUGUGUUUUCCCACUGUAUUUUAUUGUAUGGUUGUUUAUUAUUGUGAUCAGUUUGAAGUCAGAUGUCUGUGUGUGCUGCACAUGUGAACACAGGUCUUUCAGCUGUAAAUACAAUCCUGCUGCAGCCGUAUGUGUGUCUCCAUUAUACAUAAUGUGAAAUCAUAUCUUAGUUUUGGGAUUCGUGGGUCUGUUUCACGUAUUUGCAUAACUGAUAUUAAACUAUGUAGAGAAAAUACAUAAAUAAAUAAAUAAAUAAAUGUGGGUGAGUCAUUGUG